UCGUGAAGCAGACCGCAGUGUUGAAACUUUGCCUAUCCACCAUGCCAGUCUCAAAAGUGUUGGCACGUCAAAUUUUUGACAGUAGGGGCAACCCUACAGUGGAGGUAGAUGUUACAACAGAAAAAGGGAUGUUCCGAGCAGCUGUUCCUAGUGGGGCUUCAACUGGUAUUUACGAGGCUUUGGAAAUGAGAGAUAAAGACCCUAAGUUUUACCAUGGGAAAGGUGUUUCAAAUGCUAUCAAUAAUGUGAAUAACGUUAUUGCACCUGCCCUAAUCAAAGCUGGUUUGGAUGAAGCUGACCAGACAGCAGUGGAUACAUUUUUAUUAGGUCUUGAUGGAACUGAAAACAAAAGUAAACUGGGUGCAAAUGCCAUUCUUGGUGUUUCCUUAGCUGUUUGUAAAGCUGGAGCUGCCAAAAAAGGAGUUCCGCUUUACUGCCACAUUGCGGAUCUAGCUGGAAACAAGGAUGUUAUUCUUCCUGUCCCAGCAUUCAAUGUCAUCAAUGGAGGCAGCCAUGCUGGGAACAAACUGGCCAUGCAGGAGUUCAUGAUUCUUCCAACAGGUGCAAGCUCAUUCAAGGAGGCCAUGAGAAUGGGAUCAGAGGUUUACCACCAUCUGAAAGCAGUCAUAAAGAAAAAAUAUGGCCAAGAUGCCUGUAAUGUGGGUGAUGAGGGAGGUUUUGCUCCUAACAUUCAGGACAACAAGGAAGGUCUGGAUUUGUUGGUGGAAGCCAUUGAAAAGGCAGGUUACACGGGGAAAAUCAAAAUUGGCAUGGAUGUAGCAGCAUCAGAGUUCUGUAAGGAGGGAAAAUAUGACCUAGACUUUAAAAAUCCAAAGUCUAAUCCAGCUGAUUGGAUAACUUCUGACCAGUUGGCAGAUAUAUACAGAGGCUUUGUUUCCAAUUAUCCAAUUGUCUCCAUUGAGGAUCCUUAUGAUCAGGACGAUUGGGAAGCUUACUCUAAACUAACAGCCUCAGUACAAAUCCAAAUAGUAGGAGAUGAUUUACUGGUAACAAAUCCAAAGCGAGUCCAGAAGGGUAUUGACAUCAAGGCUUGUAACUGUCUCCUGCUGAAGGUCAACCAAAUCGGCAGUGUCACAGAGUCAAUUCAGGCAUGGAAAAUGUCCAAGGACAACAACUGGGGUGUAAUGGUGUCCCACAGAAGUGGAGAAACAGAGGACACAUUUAUCGCAGAUCUUGUAGUUGGGCUGUGUACCGGACAGAUUAAAACAGGUGCCCCAUGCAGAUCUGAACGUUUAGCCAAGUACAACCAGAUUCUCCGCAUUGAGGAGGAAUUAGGGGCAGGAGCCAAAUUUGCCGGGGAAAAAUUCCGCUACCCUUACUAGAAAUUUAGCAUAAUCUUAAGACACUUAUUUUGUUUAGAUAACAUAUUCUUGUAUUUAUGAGAUUUUUUUUUUUUUACAAUUGCUGUUUUUGAUUAAUGUUUGCUUUAUAGGAACUUGAGACACUAUCAUAAUAAAGACUUUAAAACACAAGAACAACAUUCCAAGUAGGAAAAAAAUCAACAUUUCAGCACACAUGAUGAGUUGUUUGGUUGUUAACUUUUGUUUUACCCCAAAUUCUACAUAUACCCUAUGUUGAAAAUAUGGUACAAAUGGUGCAGGAUGGAAGAUGUUCUGUCUAUAUAUAUGUGAUAAAAAAUGCAUUAGUCUUGAAUGUUGAUAAAUGAAUUCACCAGUUAUUAAGUUCUGUAAGUCCAUGUUACUAUUGAGUGUAGAUUGUUUACCUUGUUGUAACUAUUAAUGAUGUAUAAUACUAACUAUAUGUGGUUAUUCAGUAACAGUAAUACAUGUGGUUCUGAUGUCCACACAAGGAAAUAUUUUUUAUCCUCUCCCAGACAAAUUAGUGCUAGAGUUGAUCUUUGAAUGAGACAACUCAAAAACUUGUCUUUGUUGAAAUGUUUCUGAUUGAUGUGGAUUGAAAGGAUGUAAGAAACAGUUAUAUCUCUCUACUUUGUUGGCAAUUUUGGAAUGUGUGUGUGUGGAUGGUGGGUGUGAUGGAGUGAAUGAAAAACUUCCUGUUUGAUCACUGUGUGUACACUUUUAGAAUUUUUAUGUAUGUCCUGUAGAAAAUGUGAAAUUAUGGAAUAUUGGAUUGCUGUCCUAGAAAAUUGAGUUGUAAUAACAGAUGAAUGUUUUUGCUUAUUUGUUACUGAAAGUGUUAGAUGUGUGUAAAUGGUGUGAGUGGGGUUAUGUUUCCCAAACAAACCCAUUUCCCAUCACAGAAAAAGUGCUAGAGUUCUGUCUGUAUAAAGACAAACUCAGAUUUCUGUAUUUGGUCCUUGUUCUUUAAUGUACCUCUUGUAUUGAUCUGUGUAUCUCAAAGUUGUCAACAUGAAGUCUACAACAAAGAUGUUUGAUAAUAGAUCCUUUAUCCAUGUGUACAAUGUAGAUUUAAUAUUUUGUUGAAAGUGUGCUGAUAUGUUGAUUUUAUACUCAAUUUUUUUUAACUGGUACCCUACUUGCUAGGUAGAGGAGUAGGAAUCUAUUACCGUGCAUGCUAACUGCCGUAUUGUUCCCUUAAAAUGUUUAUUUGCAGAAGUGUUAACGUAAUAAAAGGCUUUGCUUGAA